GGGGGAGGGCUGCACGCCAUCCCUCCCAUUGUUCGUGCCGCUCCUCCCGUUGGCCCUAGCCUGAGUUGCCGGAGGUUGUGCUGUUGACGGUGAUGGUGUUGGUCGAGGUGGAGGAGGCAUUCUCCGUACGAUGCCAGGGAGGUUCACGAGAGAACAACAUUAGGGCAAAUCUUGCCAGAACUAGGGAGCCUCCAAUCCAACUCGAAAGAGGUCUAGAGGGAGACGGACAGAGAGACGGACAGAGAGAGAAAGAGACAGAGACCGAAAAGGAGGCAAGAGACUCGGAGAGAGAAAGACUCGACCGAAGCAGGGAAACUCAGUCAGAGAGAAAGAUAGAUAGAGACCUCCUCCAAACCGGACGGCCCCAGCAGCUCCAUCCCUGACUCACGAGGACUGACUGCUUCUUUUUCUUCUUCGUCUUCUUCCACAUCUUUUUCUUCUUCUUCUUCUCCCUGGUCUUCUUGUUGUAGUUGUUGUGGCAGCCGAAGCAGUGCUUGAAGCUUCUAAAUACACGGUAGUCAGCCGUGGGUACUCGAUAGUGUUGGUGGUAAUCGUCGUGGUCGCAACUCCAAAGGGUGCAAAAGUGGGAAAAGAAGGGAAAGGCGAGGGAGGAAAAACCGUGAAAAAGGCCCUCAGCGUGUUCCCAGUGAAGUGUUUCCAGGUCUUCCGUUGUCCCUUGGCCGCCCAACGCCCCGGGGUCGACCCUGUGAAUGCCCAGUGCAGCCGUGUGACCCUUAGUGGUCCAGCGACCAAUUUUGGGAGUCUGCUGAAGACGUGGUCGCCACACCAUUAGCCACAACAUGAGUGAGCAACGACCGGAGCAAAGCAUCGCCUCGGCCAGGGCCUCGGUCAUGGUGUAUGAUGAUCUCAACAAGAAAUGGAUGCCAUCCGGGUCUUCACACGGACUCUCCAAAGUCCACAUCUACCACCAUUUCAUCAAUUCAACCUUCAGAGUGGUGGGAAGGAAGCUGCAAGAUCAUGAGAUUGUGAUUAACUGUGCCAUACUCAAGGGACUGAAGUAUAACCAAGCCACGCCUACCUUCCACCAGUGGAGGGACCAGAAACAGGUGUUUGGUCUCAAUUUCUCAAGCAAGGACGAUGCAGAGAUAUUCGCCACUGCUAUGCUUAGGGCCCUUGAGGUGUUGAACACCGGGUCUCAAAUGAAUUUUCGACAAGCUCCGCCGCCACCAAGUCAGACCCUUCAGCAACAAAUAUCCCCUCAACAGCCGCAGCCGCAACCACAAAAACAUAUGAACAACAACAGGCAGCAUCAAAUGCAACAGCAGCAACAACAACAGCAACAGCAGCAUCCAGUGUACCAACAACCUCAUCAACACCAACAAAAUGAUGGAAGCGGUCACUACGAUAUCUACGAUGAAUACCAUGCCGGAAGUAGUCAAGGGAGCAACCAUUAUGGGGGUGGAAGUCAGGGAUCUGGGAACCACUAUGGCGGCAGUGAUUCUGGUUAUGACUCCCACCAAUUGAUGCAACAACAGCAACAACAGCUACAACAACAACAGCAGCAGCAGCAACAACAACAACAACAACAACAACAACAGUAUCAACCGCAUCAUGAGAUCGAGCUGGAGCGGAGGCUCUCCCUUCAGCAGCAACCCUCCAAUGGAGUGAUGAUCCACCAAGUCCAUUCAAGUCCCAAUAUGCACCAGAUCUCCUCACCUCCGGGGCCGCCUCAGCCAAUGGGCGGCGUCAGCAAUGGACCGCCCCCGGCUCCACCGGCUCCUCCGGCUCCUCCUAUGGCCCCGGCAGCUCCAGUGGCACCGCCUCCUCCACCUGGUCCUCCACCUGCGCCAUCCAUGAGCAUCGGUGGAGGUGCGCCUCCGCCUCCACCCGGGCCUCCACCGGCAGCUAACAUGGGUAGUGCUCCACCCCCGCCUCCUCCACCACCCAUGGGAUCCCUGUCUGACGGGCCCAUUGGUGGACUGGCUGCAGCCAUACAGGCAGCUAAACUCAAAAAGACUCACCCCAAGGAGAACAGUGGGGGAAGCACCACGAGUUCCAAUAGCUCGGGCUACGGCACAAUUGGCCGCGGGAAAGAGGAGCGACCCGCCCUCUCCGGGGGAGGCGGAGGCAUGGCAUCCAUGAUGGACGAGAUGCAGAAGACCUUGGCUCGUCGAAGAGCCAAGGUGGAACAGAAACAUGAUGAUGACGAGCCCGAAAACGGCAGCAAUGGGAAUCAGAGCCUAAGCCACUCCAAUUCCCGAGGGCGUGUAUUCGAAAAGGGCUCCUCGCCCACGAGUACGGGCACGAAAUCCAAUGCGGGCUCAGAGUCCCCGAAAGUCGGGGGUCGCCGGCGAUUCGGUUCUAAUGCCAACGAAAUCGAUGUCACCCAAUUUAAUGGCGAUUCCACGGGCAAUCCUGAAUUAGACGCCAUGAAGCAAGAGAUCCUCAGUGAAAUGAGAAAAGAAAUCAAACAAAUGAAAGAAGAAAUCCUUGAGGUGAUCCGUAGUGAGAUGGGCCGACGUUAGAAUCAAAAGCCACUAGCAAUCCUUGCGUUGUCCCACCUUGACUAGAAUGAAUAAUGAGUAAUUACACUCCAAAUUCAAUCCGACGCUGUGAGACAUCAGCUAUUAGACAGAAAAGAAGCAGCCAAAUCACCUUGCGACACAUCCCAUGGCAUCCGUGACCCGAGUAUCAUCCUUCAUUCACAAUUGACUUUUGUCCCUCCGAUUCAAGGAAAGAAACAAAAAAACAAGAAGAAAAUCCAGUAUCCAGCCCCAACCAACUACCCACCCACCCACUCACAUAACCAACCAACAAUCCUGUUCGUUCUUGAUUUUCAUGAUUACUUACACUCACUUCAUAUUAUUAUAGUUGCAUUCAAUCUCCAGCCACUUUCGUUCUCUCACUCGAUUACACAUUUUACCAAUUACCCAAACAUCUUGAUUGAUGACCCUCUCUACUUUGCGUUUCUCUCUAAUAUAUCCUUGAUGUGCAAUAUCAACGCUAUUUCCGCCAUCCCGGUUUGAUUUUUUUGCCCAUUAGUUUUCUCAUCAUCUUGGUUUUUUUUAAACGAUAUUGUGAUAAGUGUUUUAUUCUCCUUUUAUCAUGCAUUUGCAGCUCGUUUGCCAGAACAAGGAGUCCGAUAACAAACUCGAGAAAGUUUGAAAGACAUCCCUCCUCUCUCGUUAAAAUAAGAAUCAUCCGUACGCGUCUCUCUCAGCGAAAUUGUAAAAUAGUUGGAUAUUUUGUAAAUCUAGAGGAUGAGACGAGUUGAAGAAAAAAAGAAAAACUCGCUGGAAUGAAGCGAUCCUUGAACUGACAAUUUGUUUAACUAACUAGUCAAUCUCCUCCUAAUUAGGUUCAACUCUAUGCAGAAGAGCAACCAACACGCAGAUACAAUAACCAAACAGAAUCGAGCAUAGAAUUCAGACACACAAGUGCUUCUAAUAGCCCAUCGGAUUCUCAAAGUUCCUCAGCCCCACAAUCCUCAUUGAUCACCCAGCCGCUGCUACAACUUCCACUUUUGAUACGAUGAAUUAAUUAGAUAACGGAAAUAGGCAACUCAGAAUUCGUGUGCCUGUUAGAUGGGAGUGGUGCUCUCAACAACCUUUUGACAUUGACACUGCAUUGCGGUACCGUUAAGGAAAGGUCCUAUUGAUCCAUCAUUGGCUAUCGUCAUUAUUAUCAUUAUAAUUAUCUUGAUUAUAAUCAUAACUAUCGCUACUACUACGAUUAUUAUCACCAUUACUAUUAUCAUUACUAUCUUUAUUAUUAUUACUAUUACAGCUACUCCUAUGUUCCGUCUUGUAUCGAAUGUUCAAUAAAACUUUCAAAUUCUCUCGAAA